GAGCUCCCACUCGGCCCGCGCAGCGCCCACGGGGACGACCCUUUGGGCGGCGGGGCCGGCGCGCAGCCUUCCUAAACCGCCACUCGGCUGUGCGGGGUCCGGGAGCGGACGUGCACCCAGAGAGAACCCGGGAAGGCGCCGCGGGCAAACUUGGACGGCCCGGGGCGGGCGGAGGGCCUCCGCCCGAGCCAAUGGGCGGCGCCUGGGCGCGUGACGUCGUCGCCAAUGAGCGAGCAGCGCGGGGACUUCGAAGUCCUGCCGCCCAAUCGGGCAGAGACGGCGCCUAUAAAGCGCGCGGCGGCGGCCGGCCGGCUCGAGAUAGCGUUGGCGCGCCGGUGAGCGAGGUCGCAGGUGGGGGAGCAUGGCCCGCACGAAGCAGACGGCGCGCAAGUCGACGGGCGGCAAGGCGCCGCGCAAGCAGCUGGCCACCAAGGCGGCCCGCAAGAGCGCGCCGGCCACGGGCGGCGUCAAGAAGCCGCACCGCUACCGGCCGGGCACCGUGGCGCUGCGCGAGAUCCGGCGCUACCAGAAGUCCACCGAGCUGCUGAUCCGCAAGCUGCCGUUCCAGCGGCUGGUGCGCGAGAUCGCGCAGGACUUCAAGACGGACCUGCGCUUCCAGAGCUCGGCCGUCAUGGCGCUGCAGGAGGCGAGCGAGGCCUACCUGGUGGGCCUGUUCGAGGACACGAACCUGUGCGCCAUCCACGCCAAGCGCGUCACCAUCAUGCCCAAGGACAUCCAGCUGGCCCGCCGCAUCCGCGGCGAGCGGGCCUAGGCAGCGCGCUCUCGUCUCCGGUUUCCAUCCUCGGCCCAAAGGCUCUUUUCAGAGCCACCCACGUACCACGUGAAAGCAGCUGUGCGCUCGGGCCCCGGCGGGCGGGGCGG